CUGAGAACGCUUUUUUUCAGCCUCGGUAGCUCUGGUGAAGUCUCGCGACUUACAUUGGGGACUCCUAGCGACAAGAGAUCACAAGGACGUCAACCUCUCAUCACUGCGAUCCCUUCUAGUCGCAGAUGGUGCGAAUCCAUGGUCACUGUCAUCGUGCGAUCAACAAUUUGCGGCCCACAUCGCAGCUCAAUCGGAUUGCGAGGCAGAAGGCUAUGUGUCCGGCAUGUUCGGGUAGGCUCUGAAAACGGAACAAUAUCACUGAGAAAGCGAUCGGCUAGUGGAAGUGGAAGCAGUGGACGAGGAAUCCUGUCAAUGGCCGCGCUAAGUCAUUCUGUAGUUCGUGUUGACAAGGAGAACUCAUUGACAAGCCUCACUCUUCAGGAUGCUGGUCAAGUAAUUCCUGGUGGCUCCGUUGUCGUAGUCAAGCAAACGGGCCCCGCUCGUCUUUGUCGAGCAGAUGAACUGGGAGAGAUCUGUCUGUGCGCUAACUCGACUGGAAAUGCGUACUGGGGUCUGGAAGGGGUAUCUGCAGCGACAUUCAAGAUUGAGCCAUUGGGUGCAGAUGAUAGGCCUCUUGGUCCUCGACGAUAUGUACGAAGUGGUUUGAUCGGCUUCAUGGGCCCGGAUGGUCUUGUAUUCGUUGUUGGGCGGCGUACUGCGCAGUUGAGUGUAUCCGGUCGCCAACAUUCAGCGGAUGAUAUAAUUGCGACUGUUCUCGCCGUUGAACCCAUGCGGUUCGUAUAUCGCGGACGAAUCGCCGUAUUCUCCGUGUCAGUACUUCGCGACGAGCGGAUAGUGAUUGUUGCCGAACAGAAACCUGGUGCUAGUGAGGAGGAUGCGUUUACGUGGAUGUCUCGGGUAUUACAAGCAGUUGACGCUAUUCAUCAAGUUGGUAUCUAUUGCCUUGCACUUGUACCAUCGAAUCAAUUACCAAA